GAGCAGUACUUGGUUCAUUUUUACGACAAUAAUAUGAAGAUUACAGGAUUCUGUGGAGAAAUAUGGAAUUUACUUUCCGAAUCGCUGAAUUUUACACUACAGCUAGUGAAAGCAAACUUAGAUGAUCAGGGCAUGCCACAAAAAGAUGCCUUGUCUUUUAAAAACGGAUUAUUAUCUAUUAUUUUUCGCAAUGAAACUAUUGCAAUAGCAAAACUUCAAAGCUUUUCACCGGAACUUACGGUUACCGAAUUUUCAAUACCUUUUUGGACAAAUAGAAUUCAAUUAUAUAUUCACCGUGAAACGAUAUAUGAUAAUAUAUGGAUGGUAAACAUUUUCUCUUGGAAAAUAUGGUGCGUUAUAUUGAGUAUGUGUUUAUUACUGAGUCUAUGCACCUUUUUGACACAAAGUAUUCUCAUACAGAAUAAAGAUAAACGUAAAAACAUAUCUCUCAGCGAACACUUAUUUUAUAACUUUGGAAACUUGUGCAAUCAAGGCUAUAUUCCUCUGUAUCUUGAUGGGAAAUCGAGAAUAUUAGAAGUAUCAUUAGGAUUGUUUUGUUCUAUAAUAUACAUGUCAUUUGGUGCUGUGUUAUUUAUACAUCUAUCUAAAAGUGUUUUCGUGCCACCAUUUGAUAGUUUUACUACCUUGGUGACUAAUACUAAAUACAACGUUAUUGGUCUGAAGGGUUCAACCGCAGAAGCUAUAUUUAAGAUUAAUGAGGAUCCAUUUUUACAAGCAAAAAAGACGGAACGUUUGAAAUUAACAUCAACGUUUGAGGAUAUGCAUAAAAUAGCAUGUUUUUCCAAAAAAGAGAAAUACGUCAUAUUUCAAACCGAAGCAAUGUAUAAAGUGACUGGGAAUAUUAUGUGUCAUUUGACUAACGUUGGAGAACCUUACGCGAAAACAUGGAUCGCUUCCGGUAUCGUGAAGAAUUUUAAAUACAAAAGAAGUAUUGAUCUUGGGAUACUGAAAUUAAUGGAAAUUGGACUAUUAAACGUGUUAAAAAAACGUUGGUUGGAAAAUGACUUAAAAUAUUACGCUGAAGAUGAGACACCGAAACCAAUUGAAUUACAUCAAGUUUCUUUAAUAAUUGCGGUGAUGUGCUGUGGGACGAUUAUAGCUCUCAUUAUUUUCAUAAUCGAAAAAAUUGUAUUUGCUUAUAAAUUAAGAUAA